CGGCGAAGGAGAAAAAGAAGGAGCCCGGCUGAGGAGGAGGAGGAAGACGAAGAAGGAGGAGGCGGGAAAGAAAGGAAGGGAAGAGCGCGGUGCUAAACUAGGUUGAUCUAAGUGUGGUAUUUAGUUGAACACAAUGAAAGUGAAAAUCAAGAGCUGGCAUGGAGUUGCCUCUUGGCUCUGGGUUGCCAAUGAUGAGAAUUGUGGCAUUUGCCGGAUGGCCUUCAAUGGCUGCUGCCCAGAUUGUAAGGUGCCUGGAGAUGACUGCCCGCUGGUGUGGGGUCAGUGUUCCCACUGCUUCCACAUGCACUGCAUUCUCAAGUGGCUUAACUCCCAGCAAGUCCAGCAGCACUGUCCAAUGUGCCGACAGGAAUGGAAGUUCAAAGAAUAACCAGGUCAAGAUUUCUCCCUUCUUACGGAUUUCACAUCCUCUUCUUAUAGCUUCAUGGAGAUUCAUCCUUCCUAGCUCUUCCUCAAGCCUGAAGACUUUACUUGCUCGUAUUGUAUUACAUUGUAUUGUAUUGUAUUGUAUAUCCUAAGCCUUCCCACAGACUGAAUCAAAAGAAGUGCAGAAACUGUAUGCUCUCUUUCUAGUUACAUUUUCUUAACAUUAUUAUCCUGUCUACCAUUCAGGUUUUUCUGUUUUUAUUCUGUCCAGGAUUGUGGUUUUAAAUGGUCAUGAACUGUGUCUAUAUCGUGUAGGAAAUGUAUAUUUGUGAGAAGGUCAGCAUACUGAACAAGAAAAUAUCAUGGUGUUAUUUUCAUGUAUGCUAGAUAUUACCUGGGCCCCUUUUGUAAGCUUGUGUCUUGGUGGAUUGUCUGAAACCCUAGUUUCAAGGAGCUGUGUCCUAGCUGCAUGAAUGCUUUUAAAAAAUCAAAGCAUUUUUCCUGUUAAUCACAUUCCCUCGUUAGAUUUUGAGAUAUGGAGCAGCUAAACUUCCUUUCUGUUGCUAUGUCUUGUGUUACAUGUAUUGCUGCAACCUUACUGCCAGUCUGAUUUCCUGACUCUGUAACGCAGCCUGCACUUGACCAUUUAGACCACAAUCCUGUUUAUAUAUGAGCCAAUCCAAAAUUACUAGGAUGCAGACUUCGCAAAAUCCCAUCACUGUGCAUGCAGUAUAGGGUUAGAUCUAAUACAAAAAUGGUGCUAGAGAUUACAGGGAGGAACUAGGAUUUGUGCCUGCGUCUUGCUGCAUAGUUGGCCUGCAGUCCAAUAAUAUGUUUGUUCCCAGAAGGCUGUAAUGCCAAGCACAUUGAUUGCCAAAAGCUUGCCCACAGUCUUAGUGAGGCCACUUGUACCGGGGGUGAGUCCAAGAAAUGAUGUGAUUCAUUGCCUCCAAUGCUCCCUGCCUCUUUCCAUAUGAGAUAGGAUUCUUCAAACUUGCUCUCAGUCAGGAGUGCAAUUUUUUAAAUCUAUUGCCAAUACUCUACUAUUAUUGUGAGAUGGUAGUAUGUGACUUGUGGGAAAGGAUGAAAUGUUCUUGGUUAUUUUUUAAAAUGAUACCUAUAAUUAUUUGUAAUGGGGAAAGGUUCCUAGUUUAGCUAUUUAGCCAUACAACCUACAGACCAGCUGUUUUUGAUGCUUCAUCCUGGCUGUUGGGUGCCCAGUACUUUUGGUAUGGAUGCCACCCCCGCCUGCAAUGUGUAAUGGAUGGCCCCUUGUGCACCCAAAUGAGAAGGUGGUGUUAAUAAAUUAUUCCAAUUGGUGGCCUUUAUAAUAGAGUGAAGGCUACCGCUAGCUAAAUUGCAAGUUUAGCCACAAAGCGGAGGGGUGGGGGAUUAUUUUGCAGGCACAAAAGAGAGAAAACCUUCAGAGUGUCCUUAAAGGACUCCCAAGCCUUGAGAGAUGUGCCCUUUCAGAGAAAAGCACAAUGUGAGAUUUCUUAGCUUAAUAUAACCAUUAACUUCGACUUGACGUAUACUGUGCUUCCAUGUGCUCCAGACUUCUAACAGCUAAGAAAUACUUUUCAUUAAAACUGAAAAAACAUUCUCCCUA